AAAGAGAAAAAAGAGAGACAGAGACGGAGGCUUCUCAUUUAUCGGUCCUUUACGCGCGCAAAUGGAGCAAGAACUGACCGUAGCCUGCACCGACUGGCGGGUCUAAGGCGCAUUUCAGCACAUACACACACACACAAAACAACCUUUCCGUGACACACAGGUGCCUUGGUUUGGAGAUGUAAAGUCAAGAAAUGGCAGAGUGUGGAAAAAAUGGGGAAAGAGGAAGUGAGGAUGAAGGUAAAGAGGGUGGCAGACCAAAACAGGAGCCUUGCAGCCUCUCCCCAGUUGGCUCCACCUCCCUUGGGACAAAGAGAAAUCUUGCCCGUGGAAUUGUGAUCCAGCUGACUGGGACAGAGGGGCAGUGGGACAGCUUGGAUGAAAGUGAGCUAAUUUUCUCCCUUGACCGUGAUGAGGACUACCCACCUAUAUCACUCUCUAAAGAGAGGCAGCUUUCAGCUGAAGAUGAUGGAGGCUUGAAGUCACAAACUUUCCAUGUCCCUCUCUCUCCUUCAUCCCCUGGCUCACUGGGGAACUGCUCCAACAUGGCACCCAGCUUCCUAUCCCCCGGUCCUUCCUCACCCACCCAUCGGCCCCUGGCAAGUCUAGUUAAGUCACUUUCUACAGAACUUGAGCUGAAAGAGGGCUCCACUCUGAGACCUAAGCCUUUUCUCAACCUUGUGAAGUCAAUCUCCACAGAGCUCUCCCGCUCAGAACCUGAGGUGUCUCAGUCCAAAUCAGACUCCCGGCUCAAUCUCCACUUGUGGAAGCAGCUGACCCAAACAAAAACCCGCAGCAAUGGCGACUCUCGUACUGCUCCCCCGUCUCCGAGUUCCCUCUCUCCAACUGGGGAUGGCACAAAGGGGGGCUUCUUCAAAAUGGAGUUGGAGGACACCAAGAGGAAGCUCUCUGAGGCUAUGCAUGAACCUCUGAGCAGCAUGUUCAGUAAGAUCAUGAGAGAAGAAAGCGGAGGUAGCCCCAAACACCAGUGUAAGGCCCAGAUGGUUCACCAGAGCAGCUGCAGAAGUUUGGGGCGGGAAGGUAGCAUGGACACGGUUCUUUCUGAGUCUCCUGUGAGAAAUACAAGAAAAACAGAUGCUGAUGUUUUGCCUGCGUUUGAUUGGCCUUCGGUGAGACACCUGACAAGAAUCCGGCAUGGCCCCUGUCCCGUGCAUCACCACAGACAGCAUCACAGGGAUGAAGAGCUGGAAAUAUGUACAGAUGGUGACAUGAUGCAAGUGUUCGCCAUUGAGACUCAAAGACAGGCAGGGAGUUCACCUGCUUCUCAGACUCUAACAGCACACUCAUUUAGGACAUCUCCUGUCCCCCAGCCCCCACAUCCUUUGCCACGUAUGAGUUUAUUUUUUGUGGCAGUCAUAUCCUACGGCUACUUUAUCCUACCUCUUAGUACAUACUUCUCCGGCCUGGCUCUGGGAUUGGCCCUGGGCUUUUUACUGGGACUGUUUCUUAUUCGAUUGGGUUCCUCUAGGUCAAACUGCUUGGCACCUACUAACAAACCAACACAGACGCUAUUUGCAGAAGGAACGCUUACGGGUGGCCUCGUCUGCACAGAGCCCGACACCCUCAAGGGCUGGAUAAAUGAGAUAUAUGAUUAUGACCCAGAAACCUGCCAUCCAGCUCUGACUCAUUCCGUCUUUGCGACCCUGGAGGGCUCCUGUCUCCGUCUGGACUACCCACGCACUAACAUCAGCCGGAGGGCGACAUACGAUGAGCGAGUCCACGAAGCCACCUUUAUCAAGUCGCGCUGCUUUCAGCUUGCAAAGAGUAAAGUUUUCCUGCUGCCAUCUGUAUUGGCUCGGAAGAGAGUGUGGAACCCAAAAUAUCCCAUCUGCAUUCAACUAACAAGCGAGUCCAAAUCUCAUGAGGGUAAUAGAGGAGGGUCUAUGGAGAACCUGGACGAGGAGUCAAGAGCUGUAGCCACAGAAAACCCAAAUCAAAGCACUUUUAAACCAUCUCCUGAUUGUCCCACCAUACUAUACCUCUUUGGCCGCACAGGAAGAGAGAAAGAAGAGUGGUUUCGUCAUCUCCUGCUUGCAUCUAUGGAUACAGAGAGGGAAAAGGAGGGGGACAGACAGAGGCCUGGCAGAUGUGUGUCCCGAUCCGGUGAUCCAGCACAGGGUAUUAAUGCCCCAAACAGCAGAGGCCCCAGCAGGGUGGGCAGCAGCGACGAUGACACCCCCUCCACACCACCAGCCCAUUCCACCAUAAAAGCUCCCUCCAGUAGCACCAAGAGACUUUCUGCAAUCAGCUACCCCUCUUACAUGGCUCGACUCCUGGCUGCAGAGGAGUCAACCCCCCUUUCCAGUCCUAGUGGCAGCAGCACAGAGGCAAGCCCCACCAUCAAAGGCAAUUGUACCUGUGAUCUAGCAGAGCACCCUGGAAAAAUCCAAACUGCAUGGGCUAAUGCUCUAAUUGGUCGAAUCUUCUGGGAUUUCUUGCAAGAGAGAGUGUGGGCAGACGCUGUCUCCCACAAGAUUCAGAAGAAGCUCAGCAAAAUCAGAUUGCCUUAUUUCAUGAAUGAAUUGACGCUGACUGAGUUGGAUAUGGGCUGUGCUAUGCCCCUAAUCACUGCUACCUCCAGACCAGAGGUUAACCACAGAGGCCUGUGGCAGGAGCUGCAGCUGGUCUACACUGGCAACCUGCAGAUGACCCUGCAGACCAAGUUCAAUUUAUCCAAGCUUGGUAAAGAGGGAGGUCAGGAUACGGCACACUGUUUGAAUAUAACCGGUAGCCCACGCUCCAGGCCCAUCCUCAGUGUGUUGGCAGACAGUGAUGAGGAGUCCUCAAGUGCAGGUUCAUCUGAUGAGGAGGACCUGCUUCUGUCUGAGCCUCAGGGUCUGGUUGGGGAGAAAGGCUCAACCCAACCCACUGAAGGCACAGGGGGAGGAAAGACUGGAAGGAAGAUUUUAAGAUUUGUGGACAAAAUCGCUAAAUCCAAGUACUUCCAGAAGGCGACAGAGAAUGAGUUCAUCAAGAAGAAGUUUGAAGAGAUGUCCAACACCCCCUUGCUGCUCACUGUGGAGGUCCAAGAGCUGUCAGGGACACUGGUUAUCAACAUCCCACCACCCCCUACUGACAGGAUAUGGUACAGCUUCUGUGUACCACCUAAAUUAGAUCUACGUGUGCGUCCCAAACUGGGGGAGCGGGAAGUGACUUUCUGCCAUGUAACUGAAUGGAUUGAGAAGAAACUCCAGGAUGAAUUUCAGAAAGUGUUUGUGCUGCCAAACAUGGAUGACAUCUACUUACCCCUGAUGCACUCCGGGGUGGACAGCCCACAAGCGUCUGAGUCUCAACGGUCUCAAAGCUCCUCCACAGAAUCCAUAGAGAAGAUCCUGCCUGAGCUCACCAGGGCAGGAUGUGACUAGUGCCUCAUUGUUCAUGAGCAGUGGAAAGCAGUCAAAAUGUGUCAUUACAUUCAGAUGAAUUUAUUUCUGUAGAUCUUAGUAGCUCUUAGACAUACUUCCAAACUUUCAUUUCUGAACCAGGAGUUUCUAGAAGUCCAAUAUUUAGCACUGUAGAUGUUUAGAUGUUCAUUUGUAUCAUCUAUAAGACUAAACUAAAUGCUUUGGUUCAGUCAGACUAAAUGCUGUGAAACAGCUGUAAGUUAUACCAUUUGCAAAUGUUUACAAGUGAAUGAUCACAAUGAAAAUGUAUUUCACUUAGUUGAUGUUUACAACUCCAUGUCCUUUGGAUAAUGAGAUGAAUGAAUUCAUUAAAUGAAAGCUGAAAAAUUAUUUGUGUUUAUUCUGCUGCAUCAGUACCAGCAAAGGGUUAUUGGGAUGUUUUUGUUGACACACAUUGCUGCACCUGAAUCAGAGAUACUGCUUUUAGACCGGCAAACUGCAGGGUUGAUGCAAAAGUCAGAUCUAAGUGCAUAUUCCAGCUUUCAGGGUAAAUUAUACUGCUCGGUCUCCUGGGAAAUGUUGACUGGUGUUCUACCAGAGUGCUAGAGAUUGACUUCACUCCAGUAUAGUUCACUGUUGUAAAUACCUCCUAACGAAAGAAAGACAGAAAAAGGACAUAUGAAUUAUUUUAAAACAAGGGAAGUAUUUGAAGACGAACAAAGGGGAGCACGUCCAGAUUGAAAUCGACGCUGAGCCUCGACAGGCUGGCCGCUUGAGGUGCCUCCUUGGAGAAAUGGCCAAGGUCAUACCCUUCAAGAUUUAGCCAUGUUUUCUGUUAAAUGCAAAAGUUAAAAACAUCUCCCUUUUUGUGCCUUUUCAACAGCCAUUAGAGAACUUUGUCAAUAUA